UCUCUCUCUCUCUGAGAGUGAGCUCCACUCUAAAGAAAUAGAGUUAUUUGACUACUAUAAGUUGCUAUGCCUGGCUUGCUCGAGCAGUCGCUUUGGCCAUUUUUUGAACGAGAUUCUAGUUGAUUUGUGUCGUUUCUGGCUCUGUGUGGUUGAUCCUAUAGUUAUAUUAGAAGAUUUAUAAUUGAUAAAAAUGGCUGAUACGUUAUUUAAAGCUCCAAGAACAAGGAAAUCUCCGCGACAAGAUGACUAUGAGCCUCCUCCAUCAUCACAUUCAGGGAAAAGACCUAGAACUUCAGAAGAUUUCCUCCUUUUCUGCAAGUUCAUUUUAGAGCAUGAAAACUAUGAAAUGCUAAAACAUGAGGAAUUGAGAUCUAAAGCAAGUAGCCCAAUUGGGAGCACUGGUUCUGAAAGCACCAAGUCAGAAACUCCCUCAUCCAACAGUGGUGAAGAGAGAAAAGUGUCUUCAGACAGUGACUCUGAUGAUGGUGACAUUGACGAUGGUUACAAUACUGUGACGUGUUACUGUGGUAAACCCUUUGCUGGCCGGCCAAUGAUUGAAUGCAGUCACUGCUUGACAUGGAUUCACCUCUCUUGUGCCAGGAUCCGAAGGACCAAUAUCCCUGAUGAAUUCAUCUGCGCCAAGUGCCGAGAGAAGGGAGUCACCCAAUUGACUAAUCAGUCCUAACCCUUUCUUUCAAUUUUGAUAGUGUAUCUUUCAAGUCUUACUCUCCAUGGGAAAUUGGUUGUUCCCAGACAUUUGCCCUCCUCCCUUUUCGGUAAAGUAAAGUCCCAAACUUCUUGAAUUGUUUGUGCAAUUCUCCACCUGAGCAUUUGGCGAAUUUCACAUUCACUUCAGCUAUUCAUAUAGAAAAACGGAUAUAUUCAUUGUUUCCCAUACAUGUAAAACAUUUUGAUGAUUGAUCGUUUUGAAUUACCCCUUUAUUAAAAAAAAAAACAAAAACAAAUCAAAUGAAAUGAGUGUGAAAUUCAUCCCAGCGUGCCCGCACAAGACAAGAACCCAUUGUCCAAUUCUCUUUAAAAAAGACUGUUUUAUGGUUCCGGUUUUUCUUAACUUCCACAGCUAUUUUGGCGAGAUGGCAUUGGGUUCUUAUCUUCAACUUUCUUGUUUGGUUCUCAUGCCCCCGCCCCCAGCCGCAUAACUAAAUUUGACUAAAUGGCGCUGUCCAUAUUGUACAAAGUUCCACCCCGUCAUCUCAUGUACGUUUUCCACUGAAGUGGUAUAACCUUUUGUUUUUGAAGUUUUUUUUUUUUUUUUCAACAAAUAUUGGUGGAAAAGAAACUAGCCUUUUUUUUCGUUGA